CUUCACUGGGUGACGGGUCGGGGAGGUGGGCAGCUGGCCCUCCUCCGAAGAGCCUCACCCUCCUGGACUGGGGGGGCAGUGGCCCUACUUGGCGGCCUCCUGAAGAGUGAAGAUGGGGCGGCCGCACGGCAGGCCCCCGGAGAGCAGGAGGGGAAGGGGCUGGCCUGGAAGACGCAAGGCCUGGUGCCACCCUGGCCGCAGGAUGGAGCGCUGGCCCUGUCCUUGCCUGUCUGGCUCCACCGAGCAGCCGUUGCCUCAGCCCGUGGAGCGCCCAGGGGCUGCCCAUGCCCUGUAGCCCCCACUGGCUGGAGCAGAGCUGUGCCCGUGGGCAUGGAGAGGAUGAGCUGGCUCAGCAAGCUGCACUCCCGGGCAGCAGGGCACCGAGCCAGCCGUGGCGCCAGCCUGCAGAGCCCCGUAACGGCUGACCCCGAGACCUGCCUCAUGGUCUUCAAGAACCACUGGUGCCAGGUGCUGAGGGUCCUGGAGAAGCGGGGUCCCAAGCCCGGCUCAGGCGCGGCGGACGACGCGAGCGCCGUGCGGAACAACACCUACCAGAUGCUGACGCUGCUGGCGGAGGAGCGGGCGGGCGCCGGGGCGGGCGUGGGGCCUAUCCUGCAGCUGGUGCUGGCGGAGAACCUGCUCGAGCGCCUCCUGCACUGGCACCUGCAGCGGGAUGGCAGCGAGGAGCAGCGGGCGGAGCAGCUGAAGCUCUACGAGAUGCUGAUCAGCCAGAGCCACCAGCCCCUGCUGCGCCACCCUCCCGUGCGGCGCCCGCUGCUGCACCUGCUGAGCCUGUGCACCGAGCCGGCCUCACGCGGCCUGCAGACCAGCCUGGUGCUGCUGCUCAACCAGCUCUGCGACUGCGUGGCCAAGGACCCGGCGCUCCUGGAGCUCUUCUUCCACCGGCCCACGGAGCAGGGCCCCGGCGACCUGCUGCUCUUCUCCCUGCUCGUCCCCUUCAUCCACCACGAGGGGCCUACGGGGCAGCAGGCCCGCGACGCCCUGCUGCUGCUCCUGGCCAUGGCCGCCGGCAACCGCGCCGUGGCCACCUACAUCACUGACAGCUCCUACUUCUGCCCGGUCCUCGCCACGGGCCUCAGUGCCCUCUACUCCUCGCUGCCCCGCAAGAUCGAGGUGCGGGCGGACGACUGGCACUGCCUGCGCCGCGAGGACUGGAUGGGGGUGCCCGCCCUCGUCCUCUUCAUGAACUCGCUGGAGUUCUGCAACGCAGUCAUCCAGGUUGCCCACCCGCUGGUGCAGAAGCAGCUGGUGGAUUACGUCCAUAACGGCUUCCUGGUGCCUGUGAUGGGCCCAGCCCUGCACAAGACGGCGGUGGAGGAGCUGAUGGCCAGCAUGGCGUACCUGGAGCUGUUCCUGCGCAGCGUCAGCGACCCGGCCCUGCUCCAAACCUUCCUCCGCUUCAUCCUGCUACACCGGCACGACCACAGCACCAUCCUGGACACGCUCGUCGCCCGCAUCGCCGCCAACUCCCGGCUCUGCAUGGUGUCUCUGAGUCUCUUCCGCACGCUGCUGAACCUGAACUGCGAGGACGUGAUGCUGCAGCUGGUGCUCAGGUACCUGAUCCCCUGCAGCCACGUCAUGCUGAGCCAGAGGCGGGCGGUGAAGGACCUGGACAUCUACGGCAAGACGGCUGCCAAGUUCCUGUCGCUGAUCCCGCGCUGCUGCCGGACCGAGAGCCUGUCCGCACCCGACCGGGAGGAGCACGCCACCUGGGCCAAAGCCCACGGGAGCCCCACCGUGGACACCUCCUCCGUGGUCACGGUGCCCAAGCCCUCCACGCCUUCCCGCCUCGCCUUCUUCAUGCGCCAGCAGAGCUGCAGCUCGGAGUCGGGGAGCCCGGCGCCCCGCUCGCCCGGCCUGGCCACGCCCAGCGGGAGCCCCUGCCACCGCCCAGCCAGGUGGGAGGAGGUGGCGGAGCUGGACGGGAACUACCUGGAGUACCUGCGGGACGCUCAGCUCAGCGUGGAGCAGUGCGUGCUGGCCUGCCGCGUCUGGUCAGCCCCCUACGACGGGGAGCGGCCGGGCCCCGGCCCCCCCGGCCCCGCCACCCCACACACUAAGAAGAGGGGCCUGCCAGAGGAGGGGGGCGGGGCACCCGGGGCUCCCAGCAGCAGUGAGCCCAGCGCCAGCCCCCCCGUGCCCGAUAUCGAGGACUCGGCCCCCCUCCUGAACGGGGCCCCCGGGUCGGAGCCGAGCCGGCCGGGCAGGCCAGACGGUGAUGUUGCGGUGAAGAAGGUGCGCCGGGGUCCCCUUUCCGCCGGCUCGGAGUGGGAGCGGAGGGGGCUCAAGGCCCAGGUGGAGAAUGGCUCGCCCACCGCCCCGGCCCCAGCCCCGGCCUGGGAGCAGCCGUCCGUGGACUCCCUGAUCGACGAGCUGCUGGCCCAGGCGCCCGGCGAGCCCAACGGCUCCGGCUUGAGCAUCGAGAGCUUCUCGAGGGAGCUGCGGGAGCUGGAGGCGGAGCUGCAGAGGGGGGCUGGGCAGUCGCCCGCGGGGCCCCUCUCCCGGGAGGUGCAGGAGGAGGCCGAGGAGAGGUUCUCCGAGCGCCCGGCUCCGCUCACCUCGGGGGGGGCCCCAGCGCAGUCCUGGCCCCCGGAGCCCCUGGCCCAGCUUGUCAGCAGCCCCCUGCGUGCGCUGGGGCAGCCGCCCAGCCAGCCCUUCACAGGUCCCUUCGUGGCCGUGCUGCUGGCGAAGCUGGAGAACAUGGCGCAGAACUCGCUGUACGUGAACGUGCUGCUGACGGGGCUGGUGGCGCGACUCGCCUGCUACCCGCAGCCCCUGCUCCGCUCCUUCCUGCUCAACACCAACAUGGUCUUCCAGCCCAGCGUCAAGUCCCUGCUCCAGGUCCUGGGCUCGGUGAAGAACAAGAUCGAGAGCUUCGCCGCCAGGCAGGACGACUUCCCCGCCCUGCUCUUCAAAGCCCGCAAGUACCUGCUCGCCCGCGGCCAGCUGGACUGGGCCGACGCCCCCAACGCCGCACCGGCCCUGCGCCGCUCCGAGACGUUGGGUAGGGCCGGGGCCCGGGGGGAGACAGGUGGGGGGCUGCCACCUGCUUCGGGCCCGCCCUGCCCCCCGGCUGAACUGGCCCACCCCUGUGAGCACAGGGUUCCCUGGUGUUACCAUUCACCCAGCCCGGCUCCCCCAACCCGGCGCCCUCGCCUGGCUCCCCUGGCCCAGCACCCUGGGUCCAGCACCCCCGGCCCGGUGCCCUCUCCUGGCUCCCUGGGCCUGGCUCCCCCAGCACAGCUCCCCCGGCGAGGCGCCCUCGCCUGGCUCCCCCGGCCCAGCACCCUGGGUCCAGCACCCCCGGCCCGGUGCCCUCUCCUGGCUCCCUGGGCCUGGCUCCCCCAGCACAGCUCCCCCGGCGUGGCGCCCUCGCCUGGCUCCCCCGGCCCAGCACCCUGGGUCCAGCACCCCCGGCCCGGUGCCCUCUCCUGGCUCCCUGGGUCCGGCUCCCCCAGCACAGCUCCCCCGGCGUGGCGCCCUCGCCUGGCUCCCCCGGCCCAGCACCCUGGGUCCAGCACCCCCGGCCCAGUGCCCUCUCCUGCCUCCCUGAGCCCGGCUCCCCCAGCACAGCUCCCCCGGCGUGGCGCCCUCGCCUGGCUCCCCCGGCCCAGCACCCUGGGUCCAGCACCCCCGGCCCGGUGCCCUCUCCUGGCUCCCUGGGCCCGGCUCCCCCAGCACAGCUCCCCCGGCGUGGCGCCCUCGCCUGGCUCCCCCGGCCCAGCACCCUGGCUCCCCAAGCCAGACACCCUUGCCCGGCUGCCCUGGCGUCAGCCCCCUCCGGGUCACACUCGCUGGGAUCAGCCCCUCGGCUCCCCCUCCGAGACCAACCCUCAGAGCCCCCAGCCCCCACGACACACCAGGAGCCCCCUCAGCGAGUGCCCCUGGUGGGACCCCGGCAGGAGACUUGUACCCAAAGGGAGCCAGGCACCCCCCGGCCUGACUCUGCAGUGA